AUGAAUUUUAAAAGUAACUCUUCCUUUUAAUUAAGAUUAGAAGUUGAUCAUCUAAAACGAAUUUAUUUUACAGUAAAUAUCCCCUAACACAUUAAUAAAGAAUUUCAAUAUUUAAGAGAUAAAACUAAUUAGAUUCUUAAUUAAAGAGAAUAGAAAUUAAUUUCACUUAUUGAUAAUUAAUGGAUUCACAACAAAUCCUUAAAUAAUAUCAUUGAUCAUAAUGAUAAAUGGUAAAUAAUAUGAAAAGAGAUUAGAAUUAGUUUUAUCCAUAUUAUGAUAUAGAUCACAAGAAGUAAUUAAUAAAUAUGAAAAAGAUAAAAUUAGAUUAGUUACAAAAGUGAGAGAAUAAAUUAAUUAAGUAAAAAGUGUUUUGAAUAGAUUAUUUUAUAUUAGAAAUUAAUAUUAAUUGAAUUAAUAAUAGAUCAGGUUAGAUAAAAUGUUAAAUUUGGAGAAUUCUCCAAAAUCAAGUGAAAAUUGCUUAUUUAAAAGUGCAAUUCAUUUAUAUAUUCCUUAGGAAUAUCAUAUAUCAACCUUAUUACACAUCUGA